GACGUUUCAAAUUCGAAACCACUGCCACUGACAGUGACACUGCUCUACGGUGAUUUGCCUUUUAUUUCCAAAAAUAGAUGAAAAUACACGCAAUAUAUUUCCUUUAGUAAUUUUUGUAAAGCAUUACAAUUUUGUAUUUUUUGUAGAACAUUCAUUAAUUCUUUUUGUUACUGUUAAGAAACAAAAGGAGAGUACCUUCCUUUUGUUCUUUUCCGAUUGUUUUCAACUAUUGGCAGUCAGAAAAUGGAAAAUCAAACUUGUGUAUUUUUGGGUAUUAAAGUAAAACCAGGUCCUAUAGAACGCCAUAAAUUAGAGAAUUUUGCUCUCGAUAAUACUGUUGACUCGCUCAAAACGGAAGCUGAAAAAAAGUCUAAUAUACCGUCUUCUUCAUUGGAAUUGAUUCAUCAUGGAAAAAUACUUAAGUGUGAUGCUACGCUACAAGACUGUGGUGUGAAGAGUGGUGAAAUGAUACAUGUUGUCAAAAAGAAGGUUCUGCCUCCUCCUCCUACCCCACCUUCAUACACUGAUGCUGAGCUGCAACAGUUAAAUACUUCUUUAAGGACUUUAGGCUGUACACCUAAUGCCCCUGGUUGGACCAGAGCUAUGCAACUAUUAAAUGAUGAAACAGCUAUGUCUGAGAUAGUAGAACAUGCUCCAUCCUUGGCAGACGACUGUGUAACUUUAUCUUUACUACAUGAAGUGGAGUUGUUGGCAGCUCUCGGGGCUAAUGUGCAAACUAUGCGUCGCGGUGCUAGUGCUCACCCAGACCUUCCCAAUGCCCUGAGGCAUCUUUUACGUCUUGUACAUUCUGGUUCUAAUACAUCAACUGCAUCUGACAAUGCUCCAACAUCUGGUUUUGCUUAUUCACUUGAAGCUCUCUCUGAGGAUGAGGACGCUGAUGACGAAGACAAUGAUGAGGGAGAGAGAAAUCCCAUAACUCAAGCACAGUUGGCUGCAGCAUUACAAGCGGCGACUGAAGGCGCGUCAGGGUCUGGGUCGGGGUCGGGGUCGAGCAGUCGUCGCGCGGGCGGUCAGGAUAGUCUGCUGCGGUUGCUGCAGGCCGCAGACCACGCCUCUGAUUCCGUCACACCCACCACCGCUUCAGGUGCAGGUCGUUCGGUGAUAACCCCAGAAAUGUUUAGUGAGGCCAUAUCUGAAGCUAUAAACAGAGCCAGUAAUUCAAGAAACCUGACUGGUACACCCAUGGAGCAAAGUACUGCUGCAUCUUCAUCUCAAAGUCCAGUGGCGAGAGAUGAAGAUUAUGUGUCACAGCUGCAGCGUAUGCAUGAAAUGGGACUUCUGGAUGACGCCCUCAAUGUUCGGGCUUUACUGAUAUGCUCAGGUGAUGUAAAUGCAGCUAUUAAUUUGGUAUUUAGUGGAGCCAUUGGAGACGAUUAAAACUUUAUGAAAUCAAAAUUACGUGCCUAUAGAUAGAAAAGGGAUAAAACUAAGACCGUCGUGUAAACUGUAUUGUUUUUCUGUUCUAUUACACCUUUUUGCUUACACGAUAGAUAAAUAGAAUGUACAUACCAGAGAACAAAAACUAUGCAGACAUCAUUAAUUUCGUAUGCUAACUUUUAACAUUUUGCUUAAGCUGAAACCAAUUCCAUUUUAUCCUCAUUCUAACUUUAAAGAAACUGGGUGUUUUGUUUAUAGUGGGAGAAAAAUAUGUAAAACAGUAUAUACCAUGUAUCAAAAUUUUAAUGAAAAAUAAAUAUUAUCCAUAAUACAUCUUUUCUUUUGGCGUAAUGUCAUUAUCAUAUCACACGUCUGUAGUUACUGUACGGAGUCCGCUUUUUCCCUAAAGGCGUCCGCUGCCUUAAGCGAUUGCACUGUACAGACGUCCCCUGGCGCUGUAAUUUUGUCAUUUAUCAGUGAAAAGCAAAAUCGCUUAUGCGCCACUAUGGUUGGUGAUUAAUAAUUAUCGUAAUUUCAGUUUUGUUAAUGUUCAUUUUUAAGCAGCACCAAGUGGCGUAUAAGUGAUUUUGCUUUUCUACUGUCGAUAUUAUCACUCAUUGAGCAGCGCUACGUGGGGUAGUACCCACGGGGCACUCUCGAAUGUCUUCUGUCUGUGCUCUUGUCUGCGUCGUCUUUUGGCAAGGUAUUAUUAUCAACAAGAAUAAUACACUGUUCACCCGCGCGAUCGAAAUUGUACUGGCGGCUUUGUAAUGGAUCAUAUACACGACGACACUGACACCCGACACUAGUGUCGAUUGUAUCUUCACGGUAAGCAAAUUAAUGUCUCUACAUUCAUGUAAACAACUUUCCCCCUUGUUAAUAAACAAGGAAUAAGCUUAGACUUGUUACGCCGUGUUUUGUUCAUGUCACUCAAAUGCCAUUUGUCAUCCAAUAGACAAAACAUAGUAGUAGCUAAUCCAAGCGUAGUCUUCGUUUAUUAAUAAGGGGGCUAGUGUCCCGGUUCAAAUGUAUUGACUGUCUAUUGCACGUCCUGUCUCCAUAGCUGCAACACGGACACUGAACGAAAUCGCCACUAAAUCUGCAACGUGUCGUUGACACACAGAGACAGUCAAUGUAUACAUUGUGUUUACUUACCAUGAGAGACAGAGCACGGCGCGAGUCCCCGCGGCGGACGUCCGCGCCGUGCACCCACUUAUAAUAAAGCAGCGCACGGUCUAAAAAUAUUGCUUUAAAAUAAUAUUAAACUUUGGUGCUGCAAACUAUUUAAGAGUGUUACUAGGCUACGCACAGAAACACGGGUUAUGGUUCACACUAGAGAUGGGCGACGGGAAAAUACACGGGUAACUAUAGGUAAACCGCGUAACUUACUUGGUUACAUAUAUUAUGUUCAUCUAUACUAUCUGAAGUUGAGUACAUCAGCAGAGCAAGUUUGUGAACAUCUUAGGUAGACGAUCUGGUGAAGAGGACGAAUGACGUAGGACCGAUCAGUGUUUCAUGGUGAGGAGAGAUCUAUGCUCAGCAGUGGGCGUCGUAUGACUGACAUCACCAUGAUGACCGGUCCCUUUAUUCCACUUGACGUGACUUGACGAUCACGGAACAUGAAUAAAACACUACUUAUUGGUAUCUUUUAUUACCAUUCAAUUUCAUAUUAAUAAUUUAAAGGCAAGAUUGCGGAAAUGUCAAAUUAACUGUAAUCUAUGAAUAAAGCUAUCUUAAUACCUAUUGGUAGUUAGUGUCGAUUUAGUUAUCUAUUUUCAUAAGGUCAUCGGCUAAAUAUUAACAUCUAAAUGAUACAGUUAAUCCAAUUCGGUGACUUCUAUACCAUUUUCGCAUAAAUGUUGCGUAGGUAGGUAUGGUGCUAAUAAAACUUAACUGUGGGUGCACAAAAGAGAUAGGUAGUAGUGGGUGGUUGUGGUGGGUGUCGCAAGUGGCAUCGCAACAAAAUGUACGAUGAUGUGUCGGUACCUGCGGGCCACAGAACAAACUGUAACCCUCGCUGUUAUCUUUUCAACCGCCACAAAAUUUGAAUCGCACUAUACGGUAUUAUGUUAUUAACUCGAGUAAGUAACUACCAACAACGUCAAAAAAUUUGUCAACUCUAUCAAGAAUUAUUGUUGUACUAUUUUUCAUAAAAUGGCAAGUGGUACCUUUUUCAAUGUGGUAAUAUCUUAUAUCAUAGAAUUCAUUAUAUAUUAAUUAAAUUAAUUAUCACAUGGGGCCCUAUAACGUUUGUUUAUUGUAAAAUACUUCAAAUAUUAAUUUUCAAAUUACUGAUUUGACAUAUAAAUUUCUAAAAUCACUACAAUGAAAUCUACCUAGUCCUAAUAUACUAAAUCAAACAUCGAAAAAAUUACAAAUACUUUUUGUAAUAAUAAAUGUUCAUAAAAUCUAUUGUGUUCCUAAAAUAGUUUUUCUCGGUAACAUCUCGAUAUUGAUGAUUAUUUUUUAAUCAUCUGUAUACAUUUCGGACCAUUUUGAAGUAAUUAAAUGCAUAUAUAUCGAAGAGUAAACUAUGUAAGUUUCAAAAAAUUGUAGGUGUUCAUUCUUCACUCCAUAUUAAACCACUCCACCAAACCAUUUUUGAAUAUUAAUAUUUCAUUUUAAAAUUCAUAUUACGUUUGGAUAAUUUUCUGUAUGUGCUGUUGUCCCCUUUGGUGCGGCAUUGCUCUCGACGAUGCAUGCGACGGAAAUACCAACCAGCAUUGUUUUGACUUGAUUGUCCAAAUAAUUCUUGUUCUAAUUUUUUACGAGCUUGGUUUCGAAAAUCGGCUCGUUUUUCAAACCAAGUGGUAUCUUUUUCUUUAUUCCCAAUAUUUUUUCCAUGUUUUGAUUUUCUCUCCAUUUUGGCUUUUGUGUUUACAUCUUUAAGUUCUGAAGAUUUUGGAUUGAAUUUGUUCUCCUGUACUACAUAGUUUUCCCUUUCAAUUGCUAUAUCUGGAAUAUUCAAUAUAUCCUCAUUUUCUUGGGUAGAAGAAAUUGAAAUAUCAUCAUAAUCUCUUAAAUAACCACCCUUUAGUUCCCAUUGUUCAUACUUAUUCUUUCUCUUUUGUUUUUUGUGCAGUUUCUGCCUAUCGUACUUCUUUCUUUCCUUUUUAUGCCUUUUCUCUAUAUAUCUAUUAUCUUUUUUGAAUUCUUCUUCACUAACAGAGUAACCUGUAGUAUCUAAAUUUAUGUUACUUUCUUUUAUCUCAUUAUUGAUUGCUUUUACUGCAUGUUUUUCUGUUGUAAUAUCUAAAUCUGUUCUUAGAAUAUUAUUUAGUUUUACAUCUGAUUUAAGAGAAUCGGCAUAACUGAUUUUUUUUUCUGGUGAAUAAUCAGUUGUAUGUUCAUCUUUAAUAACUGGUAUGCCAAUAUCUUCAAUAAAUUGCGAGUUAGUAUUAGUUGUUGGUAUUUCACUGAUUGAUUCUAAUAAAUCAACCUUUGCAUGUUUCUGAUCAUGAUGUUUAUUUUUUUCAAGUUUGGUGGACUUAAAUCUUAUCUUCUUCUCUGUACUGUCGGCACAUUUUUCUUCUGCUUUCAAUCGUUUACCAAUUUCAUAAUCUAGCCAAGUUUUGUUUUGAUUGUAAAUAUCUUUCAGUUUGUUGAUUUCUUGUAAAAAUUGGUUUCCCUGUUCUAACUCUACCAGAUGAAUGCCUGUUUUAGGUUUUUCCUCAUUAUCAACACAUUUUAUAGAUUUAUCAGAAUUUCUGUUAUUUAUAGAAUCUUCAAAUACUUUUUUACACUUAUUUUGUCUAUAUGAAAGUUUCUCAGUAGCAGACUUUCCUCCAUUCAAGUGUGCAUAGUUCAUUUGAUAUUCUUUCAAUUUACUUCGUAAAUAAGCAUUUUCUUCUUGUAAUUUAUAAAGAUUUGACAGAAUUUUAUUUACUGAUGGCAUUUUGUUAACCGUGCAAUCAUUUUUAGCUCCCCACAUAUGACCAAUAGCCACACCAGCAGCAGUAAUAACACUGCCUAAGACAAUUAUGUUAAGUACCAUACUUAAUCUUUUAUUUCUCUUGUGGACAUAUGUUUUAUGUUUACUACUACUGUUGCCAAGAAAAUCAUCAUCAUUAGACUCUUGGAAGACAGUAUCAUCAAUGUAAGCUGACUGUAUGGGACUAGAAGAUACAUCUCUUUCAGUUUCAAGGACAUCAUUGCAUUGUUUGUGGUCAAUCUCAUGUAAUAUUGGUGAUUCUGGUUCACUGUCACUAAUAAUAGAUAGUCCAUCAGUAUCAUCAUCUUUUUCUUCAUUAGUUACUCUCAAGUCCCCUCUGCCUAGCUCUGAUGCUCUAUCUGGAAAAUCAGGGACUUCUGCAUGUGCCGGUGUAUGGUCAAGUAGUGUCCAGCUUUCUCCAGAGUCAGAAUCACUGUGGUCCAUUUUUGAGUAUCUACAACUAAUACAAUUUGCAAAAACUGUAGAAAGUCUGAAUACGUUUUAAUUUUUAUUUCUAAUUUUUAUAACAUUAUUAUUUUUGUUUUUGUUUCUGAAAAAAAUGUCAAUGUCAGUCAGGUGACAGACAGUGUUUUGUUUUUAUCACAGACUAGGCAUUUAGCCAGAGC